AUGAAACGCCGCAAGCACCCCAGCGUCCAGGAGAGCCAUCGCUUGCAAAUGUCACACGCACUGCUGUGCCAUCCUCUGACCAGCAGUCGAGUUCCAAGAAUGGUACCGCUCGAGCACCUUCACAGCAAACAGGCGCAACGAGUGCGAUCGACACUGCGGCCACGGACCUUCUCCCGUUCGACGAAGAAGCAAAGCUGGUCUACGGUGUCGUAUUCUCGCUUCGCAAUAUGGUACGGAAGCUCGGAGGAGAGUGAGUUAUGCCACCCUAUGCUCGCCAGAACUUGCCGGCGAAUCCGACAGCUGACACAUCUUUCUCAACACAGAUCCGAAACGUUCAACAGCUUCACCACAUCCACAUAUACCCUGGCGCACCUUCACACGCCGACCAUGUACACGUUCGUCAUCCUCACCGAUCCGGUCCCACCACCUUCCUCAAUACCCAGCCGCAACACUGAAGGCUACUCGAUCGGCAACGCCUCCGCAGCGCUCUCGGGGAGAUCGUCUUUCGGCACGGGCGGCGGCAUCCCCGGAACGGGUGGCAUGAGUCUCAAAGGUGUCUUGCUGCAGAUCUAUCGCGGACCUUGGGUGGAUAGUGUCGUCAAGAAUCCUCUGCUGAGAGCGCUCGAGAGGGAAGAGAGGGUGGUCGAGCCGAGUGAAGAUGCUGACGAGCGUUCCGAUGCCGCCAAGCUGGAGGUGGUUCGAGAGUCUCGACUGGAGCGAACGCAUGGCAUCGACACGGAUGCCUUCCGAGAGAGUUUGGAAAAAGGUAUGCCCUCACAAGAAGCUCGUGAUCCAGGCUGCGAUCUGAAGCCGACCUCUUCUGACACACUCUUUCUCUUCAUCUUUAUUACUGCACACAGUUCUUUUGCAAAACAAGCUUUCGGCACCGGUAUCAUAGUAUCUUAUUUUCAAUCUAGAGCAAAUCGGCAAGCAGCAUUGUUCUUCUUUCCUUGA